AAAUAAAUCUCCAUUGUUUUCUGCAGCUCGAAAACUCUACCUGAUGUGGUCACUCAGUGUCGGCUGCACCUCUGCCAGCCCCGUGCUGUGCUGUGCCUUCACAUACCAAGUCUGACAGUUAUGAGUGAGCACCCAUAUGAAGUGAGACACUCCGGCACAUGACAUAUUUGGCUUUAAAAUGACGUCACGGCAGCGUGGGGCUCAGCAGGCAGGUCGUUCGUCAGUCUGAGAGAAGAGGAGCAGCAGGAGGAGACGGACCAUCCUCCUCUCCUCUCUAAUGACAAGCGUUCAUCCUCCCCUUUCUCUAACUCCUCUGAAACAACCCUCAUCCUCCAGGAUUGUCCCUCACCGCGUCCAUCUCCCCCUUUUUUGAAUUCCACUUAUUUUUUUUAAACUUUCCCCCCACACCUCUGCAACCAUUCACAUCUCCAGAGAUGUAAGUAGAUACGAGGACCCCCUGCCAUUGGUGACUUGGAUCAUCCGUGCUUCAGAGACCCUCCUUAUCGUCCGCUCUCAGUUUUCUUUCUUUCUUUCCUUUCUUUUUUUUGACGUUUUGCCUCUCCCAAAUGUAGACGAUUCGCUGUCAUGUCAGCGACGAGGAUGCCAACUACAUGCUCUUGUUUUUCCUCUCCGCAUCUUACAUCUUUGCCUCUCCAGCCAGGGGAUGGAAAUGAACGAUUUGCGUGAAGGCAAAGUUUGAGGGCAUCUCCUCUGGCUUACCCCCCUGUUCACCUGUCCGCGUGCCCCCCAGCCUUCACUGAUAACGAGGAAGAGUGUCGUCAAUAAAACAACUGAUGGACAACUUCUGAGAAAACUGGCUGUUCUGAUAUAUUUUAGUGGGAUUUUUUGCAGCGUUUCUUGUAGGAAUCUGAUGUGCGCAACGAUGAAGGAUAAGGCUUAAACGAUGUUUACAUUGACAGCUGGAGCAAGGUCCGUAACUUGAGUGCUUUUUAAAAUCAGAAUUAGUCGACUUUGGUGGAAACCCAACCAAAUGGGAGGAUACCUGGAGGACUGAGUCGGAUUCGGCAGUCGAGAAAAAUGUGGAUAAAACGGAGUGUUGCGCGCAGUCCGUCUGCUUUGCGGCCAGGCAGCUGUGUGGCACACCGAGUGUGGAUCCUGCUGGCAAUGACUCACCUCACCCUGGACUUCUCCGUGUGCAGCCCCCUCAGUCAAGGUCUAGGGAUCAAGCUCACGGCUAAAUCGGUGCCUCGCUCCCGUCCUCGCCUGCAGCCCCUUUGGGACAUGCCCAACAAGCUUCACUGGAGAACAGUGAGCCCGCUGGCUCGUCGGCUCCUCAACCCUAUCCCUCCACCCCAAGAGAACAGAGCAGGGAUAGGACCAAAGGUCAAAGGUCAAAAACAUCAUAGGCCAGCACAUAAAGGACAAGCGGCAUGUCAGGAGUGCCGGUUGAGAUACUCGCAAGUAGACAGAGGUGAUUCUUUGCCUGGAAUAGCAGAAGCUCCUGCAGCUUUAUCAAGUGGGAGGUUGUUAAUUAGAGCCAGAAGGCAGCUCAAAUGGGACAGCUAUGACAAGUCUCAGGAGGGCCGGACUACCACGGUGGCUGGAUUUAUUGACUGGGGACCCACAGGGACCGAUAGCAUAGAUGAUGAUGGCAAAGCGGCGCUCAAUGUAACGCUGUCCACCCGGGCCUCUACUACCACAGAGGCUACAACCACUAGCACUACAACCAGGCUCUCCCAAAGGACGUUCACUGUGGUGACCACAACAGAGUCCAGGAGCACCACCAAGUCCAGUAACGGCAACACUGAGACUGUCAAACCACCAAAGCCUGGGGAAACACCAGGCUUGGCAGUGCACCAGAUAAUCACAAUCACUGUGUCUCUCAUUAUGGUUAUCGCAGCCUUGAUCACAACACUUGUCCUUAAAAACUGCUGUGCGCAGUCUGGAAAUGGCCGCCACAAUAGCCAUCAGCGAAAGAUCCACCAGCAAGAGGAAAGCUGCCAAAACCUGACAGACUUCACCCCAGCCCGGGUGCCCAGCAAGGUGGACAUAUUCACUGCCUACAACGACAGCCUGCAGUGCUCACAUGAGUGCGUUCGGACUGCCGUGCCAAUCUACACUGAUGAGAUGAUCCAGCAGACACCUGUCUACAAGACUGCUUACAACGGAAACAGGCCCUCCCCCACUGAAAGACAACUGAUUCCUGUGGCCUUUGUGUCAGAGAAAUGGUUUGAGAUCUCUUGUUGACGAGCUGAAGCCCUUCUUCAUGUUUUGUGGGUGGAAGAGACUUCCUGAAUUCACGCUCUGGAACCCGUUGGAAACAAGAAACACACAAAACAGCUUCUUUUGUAAAAUAGUCUGGUCACUCCUUGAACUCUGCUGAAGAUAUUUAUUUUUCUAGAAAUAACAAGCAGGGCAGCCACAAAGCUGCCACUCCAUCUUUCCAGGAACCUACUUUCAUUUAGAUCUAGAUUAUAUACAGAUAUAUUUACAGGACAUAUGGAACAAGACUGUGGACGUCACGGAUGUCUCAAGGAAAUCAUUUGACAUUUGACAAAGGAGCUCCCAGGAGCUGCUUUGGGUGGAAGAUGAACUGUAUUUCUGAACAAUGUGCCAAUAAUGCCACUAUGUGCCACAACCUGAAUAGAUGGAAGUUUGAAAAAUAACUGAAGGACUAAACAAAGAGUGUUAUAUUAACCCUGUAUUGACUCUAAUUAUUUUUUUGUUUUGUUUUGUUUUCUUUGUUUUUUUUAAAGAAAUGUGAAAGUAAAAAAAAAAACAACACAUGUAUUUGAAUAUGUUUUGAAAUAGUUUAAAGAGAUGUGUUGCAAAAGAGUUUAAAGGAUAUUUAUAUGAAUCACUUCUCUAUAAAGCUGGGAAAGAGAGACAGUGGAAAAAUAGAUGGUAUAUGCUUUAUUGGACAAUUGACUUUAGGAGAUUGUUUCUAUUGGUCCCAUUUUAAAACCAGAAUAGUUAUGUCUAUUUUUGUACAAAGAGAAUGCUACAGCUCUAACAGUGGAAGUCCAAAUGGCUGAACACAUCACAGUUAAAGUAGUCCCACCCUUAGCUGAGAUGAUGACAAAGUAACCCAUCUACACCCGGUGCAAGCCAAACUAAGACCCAUGUCAACUGCUAAUUAUGUGAGAUUUGUCUCUGAUUUAACUCGUGGAGAACAUAAAACAAGACACUUCUGUGGUGCAGGCAACAACAAACCCACAGCAAAUUCAUGUAUACAGAAUACAGACGACAACAAUAUCUUGCAUGAAGCUGGACAGGACAUUCAUACCGUCUCAGGUCUGUCUAGCCAUCUUGCACACUUCAUUUCGGUCUUUAACUCAGCAGCAACUCAGCUUUAACUCCACUAUGAUUUACAUGCAAGCAUCCAUGAUAAAGUGUGGAUUAGAUUCUAAUAAUUCAUGUUGUGGUUUGCAAAAGUAUCAAAGAAGAUGAAAUAUGAAUCCCCUCUCAGUAACUGAACAUCCCCACCGAACACCCAGAAUGGUUCACUUUUGAUCAGUUACUCUGAAACCUAAAACUCUGCAUCAUAGUCAGAAACUCAAAAAGACUGAACCAGUUUUGUGGAUGAUGGUACAUAAAAUGACUGAAGAAGAAGCUGUCAGAUGCCACAAAGGGAUGUCCCUUAGGAUCUAAAUGAUCUGCAUUAAGAUUUUUAAAGUAAAGGAGUAGAGCAGGAAGUAAUUCCCUUAUCAUAUGUGUUGUGAAAGUCGAUUCACUCCAAAUUCAUGUACUCAAGGUUAGUAUUUCGAGCAUAAUCAGAAUUUCAGCUCCCACAGCAAGACUGUCGAGAAAGUUCAUAAACAGAGUGGUUAAAUCUAUGUUAAAAGAACUUUUGAAAAACAUUUUUUUUUUAAAAUUUACAUUCCCCACAGUUUUUUUUUUUUAUUGAAGGGAUUAAUACAAAUACAUUAGCCACUACUAAAUUGGUCCAAACUGUUCUGUCAAGUUGAGCAAACUAUGUGGUGAAGAAAGAUAGCAAAGCUCUCCUGAGAGCUUUCUAGAACCAAUUAUUUUAACAUCAGCUCCAGGCUCUGAUUAGCUUUGUGCUAUGAAGCUUUAGCAGUUGUCUAUUGAUAUAUCUUUGAUUGUGCUGUGGGUUUGUACAAAGCACAAAUACAAUUCUUUAAUUGUAAACGUUUUUGGCUGCAGACAGCAAUAUGUACAGAUUUAAAUGGUGGCUUCCACUGAGUGCUGACACAUGAUUUCCAGUCAUGCACCUAUGUGGUUAUUAGCCUCAGUUCUUCAAAGGAAAUGAUUGUCCCAGUGACAUGAGUAUGUAUAAAUAUGAGCCAUUCAGGAAAUGUGAAGAUAGCUUGAUUUAACACUGUGGUGCAUAAAAAAAAAAACAAGAAAAAAAAAACAAGAAAAAAACUAUCUGCUUUAGCCCAUUCA